AUGAAGAAGAAGAAUGUCUUGGCUAGCAUGGUCUCCCCGGAGAAUCACGACUACACGUCAGUCUGGUGGCCCGAGGAUCGCAUCAAAGCCUCCCUCGACACGAAAUAUGUGCUCAGUCGUCUCCAGCCGGACAACGUCCCGCGCUUAUUCGAUCUGCCGCGGUGGGGGGAGGGUUUGACCAGUGAAACCUAUAUGGAAUGGAUCCUUCUCAAAGCGGGCCGUCUGUUCCUCAUCCUCGAUGCGAUUGGUAUCCCGGAUCGCAUCUUCGCUCUUGUCGAUGAGUCCUGCGACGAUGACGAUCUCCCCAUCGCAGAACAGAAUGUUCAUCGCCUGGGUCUCUCGGCGACGGGCCAUGACGCCGCUCUCGAGACGAGUUUCUUCCACACUCAGUGGCGGUAUCUCGUGCGUGGCAUCGGACAAGGCGAGCAUGUCGUCUUCACUCAGAAUGAAGGUGUGCCCGUGGAAGUGACGCCUAGGGGCCCCAACGCCAGCAUCCAAGGCCGCGAAGACACGGUCGAUAAGGUGGUUCUCGCCGGGGCCGUAUGUCGCGUGUACAUGCGCACGCAGGUUCAAGUGGGCGGCGCACCGCACUUCUUCUCCGGCGCUGAAGUGUUGCAGGAGGUUCGGCAACUACGUCAGUUGGCGCAUCCUCAUCUUCUCUCGAUCCAUGCCUCUUACUUUGUAGACGAUACGGUCUGCGUCUUAUUCACCGGGGCAGAGGCCGAGCGCACCCUGCACAGUUUCAUCACCGAUGAGCCGGCGAGUUUUUCAAAACACCAAUCCAAGGAGUUCCGUCGACAAACGUUGAUCACUUGGCCCCAUUGUCUUGCCUCCGCACUCGCGUGGCUUCAUGCUCAAGGUCAUGCGCAUACGGCCCUUCGACCGUCCAAUGUACUCGUGGACUCGAACUUCAAUAUCUGUCUAGGUCAGUUCCAGGCGCUGGAUUCGCUGCUCACGCCGCCCCGAGUCAACGAUCUGGAAGCAUACCAGUACUCUGCGCCGGAACGUUGGGCCCGUACAGUGGCAGCAUCCGCAGCAGCAAUGCCCGCAAUUCAACCCAGCACUCCAAGCAAUACCCUCCUACCAUCAGGAGGCCGCACGGGACGCAGGGUCAAGCCCUCCCAAUCGGUACUCUCAACGCUCAAUGAGUCUUGCUCAUCGUCACCCGACAGUGCUCGCCCCGGUUCAGCGGCCUCCAAGGGGACCGUCAUUCGCAUCGGAAUGCCCGGUUCAUCUUCAAGAUUCUCUGUCGGCUUCUCGUCAUCAUCAUCAUCGUCAUCAUCAUCAUCAUCAUCCUCCUCCUCGUCCUCGUCCUCGUCCUCGAUGUGUGCAGCAUCUUCGACAGGUCCCAACGCGGACACUUCCCGGUCUGUGACCCAAAAACCGUCGUCCCGGAGUGCACUCUGGAGCAGAUCCAAGACCCUUCUAUCUCCAGCCUCCAUCUCAUCAUCCAACUCCUCCACAUCCACAAGCUCAUCAACCGCGUCCGUGCUCUCCCUCUCUUCCGCUCUCCCUCUUCCGUCUUCCCCUUCAACAAGACCAGGAUCUUCACCCACAACCACGUCAUCCACCAUCUCUCCACCAUGGCCAUCUCCCCAGCCCACCAAGUCCUCAACUCCACCCCCAACGCAGAAAGACCUCCAAUCCCACCCUCAAUUCCAAUCCGACAUCUUCUCCCUCGCCGCAAUCACCCUCGACAUCCUCACCCAUCUCUGCAAGCGCAGCCUCUCAUCAUUCACAUCCCAUCGCUCUGCCCGGAACCGCUCCGCCGGCCGCGGCGGCGGCAUGGCAGACGCAUCCUUCCACCUACCCCGCAACGCAGUCCAGGUUCAGAGCUGGAUCGCUCUCCUCGAGGGCGACGCACUCAAACGGUGUCGACGCGAUCGCACAAGCGAUCAAGCAUAUCAUGCCGUGCCACGCAUGCUGAUCGUGGUACGGGCCAUGCUAGCUGCAGAACCCGAGAAGAGACCUUCUGCACGAAAGGUCAAGAGGAGUUUUGCUUCGGUGAUCCGAGAAGCAUCAGCUCACAAGGGGACGAACGGUCUUACGUUGCACUGUAUCGAGACAGGCAAAGAGAACGAUGGAGAUAAGAAGCAGAAAGUCAACAGAAAGAAGAAGAAGAAGACGGAAGAACCCAUAGAUACGGAUGCACAGAACAACCCACCAAGGAGAAGAUUCGACGAAGAAGACACCGAGCCAUCAUCUGGAUACCCUUCCCAAUAUGACGACACCUGCGAACCCGAUAUCACACGAGCUCCGAUAGAGACGCACAGGAACGACAAGUCGAUCCCAGACUCCUCGUCUGUCUCAACGGGCUUCGAUUUCGGUCUCUCGGGGGAAAGCAGCGACAGCGAGACGAGCCAGAGUCCCACGUCCAGAAAGUAUCCAGAAGAUGAAGACGAAGAUGAGCAAGUCGACCCGUCUUUGUUGGACCUUGAUUGGUUUGGCUCACGUUGA